AUGGCUGUACCAAGACCAACGUCGAAGCUGCCCCCUGGCGCCAACCGCAUCUUGUUUGUCAAGAACCUCAACUACCAGAUCACAGGAGAAGACUUGUAUGAUCUUUUUGGUCGCUACGGAACUGUAAGACAGAUACGGAUAGGCAACGAGCCAAAGACUAAGGGCACCGCCUUCGUCGUAUUUGAAGACGUCAUGGACGCUAAGAACGCCCUCGAACAUCUCAAUGGUUUCCAUCUACAGGAGCGCUACAUUGUUGUUCUGUACCACAUGCCAGCCAAACAAGACGCAGCAGCAGCGAAGGCGGAUCUUGCUCGCAGAGAAGAAGAGCUCGCCCAGCUUAAGAAGAAGCACGACAUCGGAGACGAGUAA